AUGGGUGGUAUUUUGAGGUCCACACAGAUUUCAGAGUCUGAGAACAACUUUUUCACUUUGUUUACAAAUGCAAAUCUUCUUCUAGUUGAGUUAUGGUUUCGGAUAGAAUCAGCCAUGGAUGCUCAAAGACAUGCCCAAAACAAACUCAACUCAGAUUCUAAGAAUUCCAUGCCUCGUCUCAUUACUCCUCUUCCUUUAGAGAAGCAUGCAUCUCUUGUUUACACACACAAUAUGUUCUACAAAUUUCAGAGGGAGUUUCAAAAUGCAAUUUUUAAUUGUGUGGUUUACAAAAUGUUUGAAUCCAUGGGAAUAUUAUGUCGGCAUGUGCUUUUUGUGAUAAAAGGGAAGUUUUUGACUGAAAUUCCAGAGCAACAUAUAUUGCAUCGGUGGACUAAAGAUGCUUCAAAAAAGCCCAUUUUCGACUUUUGUGAGGACUUUGAUGGUAUAGAAAUAAAUAAGAAGAAAAAAGUUGUUGGGGAUCUACGGUCGAAAUUCUUCUCAUGUGUAAGCCUUGUUGAAAAUAACACAGACCAUCUUGAGUUAUUAUUGGAAAGGUUAUCUGCUUUUGAGGAGGAAAUGAAACCUGGAAAAGAAAAUGUUGAGCAACAAUCUAAAGACAAGCAUAUUGAGUUGUUCGUUGGUUCUAAUAUAGUAUCAGGUGGUAUACUUCCUCCAAACAAGUCUUCAAACAAAGGAAGUGGUAUGGGAAAGAGAAAGAAAAGUGAUCAAGAGAUAGCCAUUGAAGCAAGCAACAAAAAGGAGAGACUUUGUAGAUCAUGUGGUCAACUUUCAACUCAUGAUAGUCGUAAUUGCCCUGAGAAAAAGAAAAACCUAGAAUGA